AUGGUUUCCUUUUCAUGUGAGGUUUGCCAAGAAACAAUCAAGAAACCAAAACUGGAACAGCAUUAUUACAGAUGUCCUAGAGCCUAUUACUCGUGCGUUGACUGUUCAACCACUUUUCAAGGAACAGAUUAUCGUGCUCAUACCUCAUGCAUUUCUGAGGCUGAAAAAUAUCAAAAGUCGGUUUAUAAGCCACCCAAGGGAAAGAAAAAUCAAGAUGCUGCUUCAAAAAACACCACCAAAAUCAGCGCUACACCAAAUGUUGUCAAAGCAACCACUACUCCAUCAUUGAUUUCACAAAUCAAAAAGACGGAAGCUGAAACUCUUGAGAAAAAAGCUAAUUCUGAUUCAGAACAAACUACUAUGAAGCAGGAAAAAAGUACCAAGGUCAAAAAGCGAAAGGCUGAUUUUGGGUCAGAAACCAAGAGCAGCAAACAGUCUAAAGCCGAGGAACCUACUUCAGCAAGCUCAUCACCUACACCGGUUGAUGCAAAUGAAUCUAUAUCUAGUGAUUGUAUUCGAUCUGCACUUGAUUCCAUUUUUAAAAAGUCUUCUGAUCUCUCAUUUGGAACAGUGCGAGAGAAACUCGUAAAAAAACUGCAAAAAAUCUAAAAAACAAGUCGCUGGAUAGUUCGAUUAUCCAGUCUCGUCUAGAUGAUCUUGUUACAAUCUCGUCAAAGGAUGGGAUCAUGUACUUUUCCGUUUAAAAUAUUUUUUAGUUAAAAUGUAAUAAAGGCAUCAAAACCUCGUAUGCUUGCAAUA